UCGUUCUUCGAGCAUCUCCCUCGAGUGUGGCCGGGGAAUUUGCGUAAGUGCGGACACAGUCACUCGGAUUUAGCCAAAGUGCACGUACACACGCAUACACGUACGUACAUAUUAUCGUAUGUGCAUGCGUACUUUUGCAACCGCGUGCACCGAAAUAUCUGACGCGCGAUUGCCCAAGAAAACUUUCACGCGCGGGGGACUCAAAUUCUACCCGGUGCAUUUCGCGACGUUUUUCGCAGUGAAUAUUUUACGGUAGUAAAAUUAUCAAAAUUUGCCGGCACGCUCCACGACAUAUACGCCGCUAUCAGUGACGCGUCGCACUCUGAGGUCGUGAUCGUGACGAGAUUGCAAGAAACAAAGCAAGAUGUUGCAAAUAGUGUUCUGGCUGUUAGUUGGUCUAAUCGCUUUAUGGCUCCUCUCGGAAUCCAUAGGCAAUGUCCUACGCAUCCUUUGGGAGAUUUUCACACCGAUGAUUGACGGGAAGCAGAUUGACUUUCGAAAGGAGUACGGUGAAUGGGCGAUUGUUACCGGCUCGACUGACGGCAUUGGGAAAGCGUAUGCGAUAGAAUUAGCAAGGAGGGACAUGAAUCUGAUUCUAAUCAGCAGAAAUAUCGAGAAACUAGAUAACACGAGGAGUGAAAUUCUGCAGAUAAACCCGCAUAUCGAGGUGAAGAUUAUAGUAGCGGAUUUCAGCAAAGGGAAGGAUAUCUACGAAAAAAUUCAACUUCAACUACAAAAUAUAUCUGUCGGCAUAUUAGUUAACAACGUGGGCAAAAUGUACGAUUAUCCUAUGUACCUCGGAGAAGCGCCCGAGCAGCUCCUGUGGGACAUCAUCAAUAUAAACGUGGGUGCGACCACGUUAAUGACGCGAAUGAUCGUCGGACAAAUGCAACAGCGAGGACGAGGCGCGAUCGUCAACGUCUCUUCAGCAUCGGAGAUGACGCCCAUACCGUUAAUAGCAGUAUAUUCCGCCUCGAAGACGUACAUGAAAAAUUUCUCCGAGUCGAUUAGGAUGGAAUAUUCCAGAUUCGGCAUAACCGUGCAACAUUUGUCGCCGUUUUUCGUUACUACCAAAAUGAACGAAUACAGUCAUAGAUUCAAAAUUUCGAGUCUUUUUGUGCCUGAUGCUACGACUUAUGCGAGGAACGCCGUCGCCACUCUCGGAAAAGUAGACAACAGUACCGGAUAUUGGGCUCAUAGUAUCCAGAAAUGUCUCAUUGUAGUAGCUCCUUUGUGGAUUAGAUUGAAAAUGAGCAAUUUAAUCGCCCACGUCCUCAGACGAGAUUACUUUAAAUUGAAAAAAAUGGAAAAAUUGUAAUGUCUGUGAUAAUUGCGAUUAAUAUAGUAAAUAACAUAGUAAAUAACGUAAUGAAAUAUCGAGUAACAGUAAGAUUAUACAUCAAUGUUAAAAUUUCUCACUUAACUAUGUAAAUAGAAUAGCAUUGCAUGUUAUAUGUAACAUUUAGGUUGUUGUGAGAAAUUACAAUAUUAAUGUCACAUUACUCCCACUCAACUAAAAGUAUCAAAUCAAAUUUUUAUUAACAAAGUGAUAUUAGAUUUGGUAGAAAAAAUCUAUUAUAUUAGAUUUUAGUUUGCUGGCAGAUUGCCAGCAAAAAUAGGACAAAACUUGUUAACAUAAAAUGUAAAGAAAUUAAUGCCAAAAAUCGAGCAACAUUUGACACCUAUGUAUUUGGUUCCUAUU